AUAAUCUGGCAUUCCUGCUUUCGACCAGAACAAUGUGUCAAGUUCAUGUUUGCAAACAGCGAGCGGAGUGAAUUCUGUCAAACUUGUGAUUGUAGCUAUUAUUUGGAAACUGAUGACCGAAAUCGAUUUCACUGGCACAGCACAGGAAAUAAAUGCGUUCGGAAAUGGCCACUAUCUGUCGUCUCUGCCUGCGAUCAUCACCGGCCAUGGUUCCACUAUUUGAGGCACUUUUAGGUGAAAAACUAGUAAUCGAAAUCAUCCAAAGCAUCAUUGGAAUGGAGCUCGAUCCUUGCUUAAAUUUGCCACGUCAAGUAUGCCAAGAAUGCCUCAAGAAAGUGAAUUUGUUGUAUGACUUCCAGCUGGAUUUGAUCAAGUGUCAAUCCUUGCUUUCUAAGGGGAAAAUCAAAGACGUUCUAAUAUCUGAUGCCGCUGGACAAACAGCUGUCAUCAAAUCCGAAGAAACCGAUUAUAAGGGGUUGAAACACGGCGAAAGAAUCGGAACUAGUAAUAAGAAUUCGAGUGUUCCUGCAUGGUUCGUUCAAAUAAACCAAGACAAAACGACAGGAAUCAUUCAGGAACAAAUAACGCAGGAGCCCAUCAGUAUCAAACAUGAGCCACCGAAUUCCGAUGACGAUGAAAUGGAUGAUGAUGAAACUCAGACUCAUAGUUAUACCAACGACAACAAUCACUCUGAUCACUCUGAGGGGAAACCGCAACGAAGGAAUCCUCCAAAAAGAGUUAAAACCAUUCCAAAUAAAUGCUACAUCUGUGACACUAUUCUCAGGAACAAAAGCGAUUUCAAAGAUCACCUCGAAAGCCACAGAGAUAUGUUACCCUUCAAAUGCUUGCAGUGUAGCACAGAAGAAAAUCCAAUCGAAGCACCAACCGUUUUAACACUUAACAAACAUUUCGAAACGCACACUUUCCAGCUGCUUUGCCCACGCUGUCCGUUACGCUUCAGGACGAGCAGUUCGUUUGUGUAUCACGAAAGGAUCAUCCACGAGAAGGACAAGGAGAAAUUUGAGGAACGCUGCGAGUUCUGUGGGAGAGUCUUUAACAAUUAUCAAAUGCAUCGGAAUCACGUGCAGGCACACAAGAAUGUCAUCCUGCAGCGGUACAAAUGCGAAUCCUGCGAGACCGUCUUCCCGUCGAGACGUAUUUUGACGAGGCACACGUCGUCCCGUUCAUGUAUGCGUAACAUAGAAAAGAAAGCACGACAAAACGUGGAAUCAGGCAAACGCAAACGAUCGCUCGGAAAACGGGAGCGCAAGCGCAUGGCAGUUUUGAAGGAAGUUGAAAGAAUAGUUAUCGCAAACUCGAAACGAGAAGAUCAUAAUAUUUCGCAACAAAAGGACAGGACGGACGAGAGUAAAAUAUCAAGUCCCAUCAUAAAGACAGAGCCAAAUGAUAUAGAUGAGGAUACCACGACUCAAGAUAAUGGGGUACACAGCGUGAUCAAUAAUAGAUUAUUCAAAUUCAGCACAGAUGACAUCGAGAAGAUUCCUAGCUUCCAAAGGCCACCGAAGAAGCCUGCGUUAAUAGUGAAGUUCAUUCCGAACAAAUGCUACAUCUGUGAAGUUAUUCUAGGAAAUAAAAACGACCUCAAUGAUCAUCUUGAGAUUCACAUGGAGUUGCUACCUUACAGAUGUACGCAGUGCAGCACUGAAGCCAACCCUAUUAUCUUUACCACGAUAGUUCUACUCAACAGACAUUUCGAGACCCACAGUUUCAACUACGUUUGUCCUCACUGCCCGUUACGACAUCGGAACAAUAGAUUGCUAGCGUAUCACAUACGGACCACUCAUGUUGAGCAGAAGUCUGAGUUUCAUUGUGAAAUCUGCGGGAAAGUGUUCACGAGUGAUAUUGGUUUUCAAAAUCAUAUCAGACUUCACAAGAACAUGAUGACGCAACGAUACAAAUGUGAAACAUGUCACAAGCAUUUUCCGGCACGGUAUAGUCUACAGAGGCAUCUGGCAUCGCAUGCGACUCUAUGUAGAAAACCAGAAGAGCAACAACCGGAAUUGACUAACCUUGAAACUACCAAUCCAACCACUGAAGUAGUGGAACGAAACUCAAGUGAACCAGCUAAUGAUUUUCUAGACCAAUAUGAAUAUGAUGAACAAGAGAACGAUAUGGAUGAAACUAUCGAUCACGACGUUAGCGCAAAUCAAUCCAAUGGUGAGGAAAGCUAUGACAAUGAGGAAGACGAUUCUAGGAGCUCGGAUGGAACGAAAGGGGGAGAAACUAUUCCAAAUAAAUGCUAUAUUUGUGGGCCUAUUCUCGAAAGCGAAUUCGAAUUCAAUAAACACCUCAAGACCCACAAGAACAUGUUACCCCAUAAGUGUUUGCAGUGUAGUACAGAGUCGAAUCCCAUCGUAAUUUCCACCGUGAUGACCCUCAACAAACAUUUCCAGAGACACGACUUCAAACACGUUUGUCCACACUGCCCGUUGCGGUAUAAGAGUGUUCGUUCGAUAAAGUGCCACAUACAGGGCGUUCAUGGAGACCAGAAGCUCGAUUACAUCUGUGAAACGUGCGGAGAGAGGUUUAGCAAAAGCAGAUACUUCCUGUAUCGGCAACACGUUAACCGUCACAAGAAUCUACUCACGGAACGAUACACGUGCAAACCUUGCAAGAGAAUUUUUUCGACGCAACGAAAUCUGAAAAGGCAUCAGGCAUCUUAUAUGUGUAUUCGUGAGAGCGCAAAGGAACCACAACGGGAAAUGACUACCCAUCAGUUGAUUGAUGCUGGCGCUGAAGCAGUAAAACAAGAAGUCACGAAAUAUUCAAGGGAAGAAGAAGCAAAUCAUACUCUGGAGCAGGCUAGAAACGAUCGACCGAGUUCAAUCACAAAAACAGACCCAUGUGAUGUGGAGAAAACUGACGAUGAAGAAGAUACCGACAAGGGAACGAGCACAGCGUUUAGCAAUAAGACCAAGGAUGGAGAGACAAUAUUUGAGUCCAAGGAACGAAUAAUUUCACAGAAAAAUGAUAACAUUUCGAUGCUUGGUGAAAUUAGCAGAAGUGAUAACCAAAGCUCAAUCAUAAAAUUAGACGCAAAUGGCUCCCAAAUGAUAAAUGUUCGAAAUAGUACGAAUCUGCUAGAACUGGAACGUAUAGACAUAAAAAAUGAACCGCUCGAUUCUGACGAUGAUGAUUAGGAGAAACAUGCGAAAAACUGUUACAUUAUACUCGAUUCAAUUUA